GGAGUGGGUGUGCGAGGGCUGCGGCGGCAUGAUGUCCCCGUCCGUGCGGCUGACCGGGGGCUCUCGCUUCUACGGGCGUCGCCAGCCGGAGUGCGCCGUCUGCGAGCCCGACACCUCCGUCCGCCAGAUCAACCUCCCCUACGCCUUCAAGUACCUGGUGGCGGAGCUGGCCAGCGUCGGGAUCAACACCAAGAUGACCCUCAAGUCGGCCGAGGACAUCAUUGCGCAGCGGCCCCGAGUGGAGGCCAAGCAAGCAUAGGGGCAUGUAAUAUUUUCCUCUCUCUCUCUCUCAUAUACUGUUCUAGAUACAUUUAAGUGAAUUUUGUAUUCUUUAUUUUCUCUUAGACUUGGGUAAGUUGUACUUUAAUUUAUUUGUUUCUCCGACUUUCCACCUGGUAGCCCCUAAUUCCCUGUGAUAUGGUUUCUGUUUCUGUCUUCCUGCCUUUUCUCUCGCCAACUUUACUGCCUCGUUCUUCCGUAUGUGCAUAUAUAUGUAUGUAUAUGCAUAAGCAGAAAGAGAUUCUUUUCUGUGGCCUUAGACCUAUGAUGUACAUUGUUAAAUAGCCAGUAAUCUGUUGUAUAAUGUAAUGAAUAAAGCACAAAUAUUUCACA